GCCCGAAAGUUUCGCCCGGCGUUACCACGACGAUGAGUAAAAUAAACGGAUUGUUUCCCUCACUUUUCUUCAUGCAACCGUGAAAUCAAAUGUGCACUUUCGUUGUCGAAUUAAUCGCUUCGGAUAAUAAAAUAUAGGUUUUAAAACGCUGAUGAAACGAACAGUUUGACGCUGUGACAACUGAACCAUUCGCUCGCUGUUGUUGGGAGUCAUCUGACGACAGUUGCGAGCGACUCGUCGAUCACGUGACGCUUGCAAUUCUCCGACACGCUUGACGGUUGAUGCAUUUUUCUACCGGCUGCAUUCUAAUUUUCCACUCAUUUCAUUGUAUUUCUCGCGCAUGCUACUUGGUCAGAUUUGAGAAUUUUUUUUAUAUUUCUAUGCACUUGCAUCCACGAUGUUAGGGCCGGUGUUGAUAGUCAGAUUUUAUAUUUAAAACUGUCCGAAGCUUAUCUUCAGAUACUCUAUAGCUCAUUUCAUUGGCCACGAAGCAUCUGAAGAUAAAUAUGAGAGCCGACUAUGAAUAUACCGACCUAUAAUGGAGUACAAUCAUUGGCGCGUUCAGUGAGACUCUCAACUAAUCCAGUACAUCUAGAGCUUCAAACUUAUCGUGAUGGUAUGUCCCUGAAAAAUGGGAACAUUACAAAUGAUUUAUGCCCAUAGGACGUGGCAACGCUUGCCGUGCGGCGGAAGUUCUUGCGGCAGCCAAUCAACAUGCCGUUUUUCCAUGAGAACUAAAAGUUUAUUGGCUGCCGCAUCGCUCAUUGCCGUGUCCUGUGGGCAGAAGCUACUACACCAGCAACAAUCCAGCACGAAACAAGCAUCAUAUGUCACUGGUUUUAUUGCACUAGUUCAACAGCAGUGCUGUUAUAAAGAAUAGACCACGUUUGUUUGAAUAUUUCUAACCUUUUCCUCAGCAGAAAAGAGUUAUUUUAACAAUUAUGGCGAGAUAUUCCAGUGAAUCGGACUCGGAUUACAGUAGUAGAUAUCGAAGAAGACGAAAUCGAAGGUCAAGAUCUAGCGGUUCGAAUUCUAGCGAUUCCUCAUCUCAUCGAAGGAGAUCCUCGAAGCACUCAAAAACAAAACGUAGGCACCGUUCAAAUUCAAGAAGCAGAGGAAGAGAUCGUAAUUCAAAGAGUUACAGAGGAUCCAGGAGUAGUCGUUCGAGGGACCGAGAUAAAAGACGUUAUCGUUGUAGCACAGGCAGAUCUCAUUCUUCAGAUCAUUCCAAGAGAAAAGCUAGAUCUACCUCAAGAGAAAAGUCACGAAGUCCUUCCAGUAGUUCACAAUCAAAUCAAGCAAAAGUUAAUGUUGAGAAAAGCCAAGUUAUGGCAGUAAAAGACGAUUUUUCCAUUGAACCACGUUUUAAAGAAAGUGUGCUUGAUGAAAUUAAUGCAGAAGGUUUCACCCCAAAACAGUUCAUCUCUUCUACUACCAAAGAGAGCAAAUUUAAAAAUAUUGUUAUUGAUAUCAGUUCAGAUACUAUACAGAUCCCACCAGCACCGAAUGUUCCUAUUGGGUCAGAGAGUAUAUUUCACACAUCGAUCAUGAUGGAUCAAGAAGCUAGAUUUGAGAAGUGGGUGAAAAAGCUUUACACUCUUAGGCAAAAAGCUAUAGCUGAUUUAAUACAUACAAAUGUUAUUUGAUAAGUAUAUGAGUAUAUAUAACCAUAAUGAUAAUAUUCUAAGUAAAUAUUUAUUUUAAACAUACGUUACCAAAACGUUAAUGUAAACAAUGAAUAUGUGUAUUUCCAAUCAAUUAGUUUUUUUGUAAGUAUAAAUAAAACAAAAUGUACAUAUGUAUAUCUCAAAUCAAAAUUUAACAGGCAUUUAAUAUCUCAUUGGUUUAUUAUUUGAAGAACAUGAGUAAUUGACGAUGUGUUUCGAAUAAGUAAUGAUAACGAAACUUAAUUUAGUCUCAAUAAAAAAUUUUAUUAAAAACAAAUUUUAUUUAAAAAAUUUUAUUCCACGGAUUUUACGAGAAUCCAACUGCACCGACACUGAGAUUUAUAUACGUACCAUUUAUUUUUUGUAAGAUUUUACAAUUGUUUCGCGUGAUACUUUACAAAUUUGGUUUUUUUAAUCUUGUGCAUAAGAAAGUAACUCUUAAUAAUCAGAGAUGGAAAUAAUGAUUGUGUAAAUGCUUAACUACAAUCAUGUGAAA